AUGUCGAGGCUAAAAUCAGGCUUAGCGCUGGCGCUCGAGCUGACCGAUCCCCUCGCUGCGGAGGUCUUCUUAGCCUUCCAUUUCUCCAACUGCAACAUCCAUCUCCCUCCAUCUCUUCCCCAACCUCUAGCAGACAGAGAAAUGGUCGCCUCCGAGGAAUCACCGCUAUUACCUUCCCCGCCCGACACCGAAGCGAACGAGCCGGAGGAGCGCAGCACGAAGCGGUCAGGCCUGCUAAUCGUGUAUUGCGGAUUUCUCGGCGUCCUGAUCGCGAGCGCCGAUGAAUCAAUCAUGAUCUCCACAUACACUGCAAUCGCGUCGCAAUUCCACGCUCUCUCUCACGGGUCGUGGCUUGUUAUGGCAUACAAUUUUGGAUACUGCAUCUCCCUCCCAGUUUGUAGCGUCCUCGGCGAUGCCUACGGACGGAAGAAAGUCCUUCUCGGCUCGUAUUUGCUUUUUGGGCUGAGCUGUCUUGCUUGCGGCGCAUGUACGUCAAUCCCACAACUCGUCCUUGCCCGCGUCCUUAGCGGAUCAAGCGGUGCAGGAGUCAUUGUCAUGGUCUCGAUCAUCCUCGCAGACUUCCUCCCCUCCCAAGACGUCGCCCUGUACCGCGGCUACCAAAACGCCGUCAAUGUCGCAGGGCGCAGCUUUGGCGCUCCCAUUGGAGGUCUAUUUAUUGAUACGAUUGGAUGGAGAUGGUCCUUCUACGGCCAAGUCCCCAUCCUCACGCUGUGCGCCGUCUUUACAGCGUACCGUCUCCCCUCCUCCGUAAACAACGCAACGCUAGAAGACGAUCCGCUCGAGGCCGUUCCCAGUCGCCGCUCUCCACUGCGGGAUCUUGAUUACGUCGGAAUCAUAAGUUUCUCGGGAACGCUACUAGCCCUCCUCUUUCUUUUGAGAGCCUUUGGGGCAAGGGAUGACAGCAUGGCGGUGCAGGUCUCACUUCUAUCAGUUGCGUUUGCUGUCGGUGCCGUGGUUUUCGUGGCGACGGAGCUCUUCUGGGCGCGAAAGCCGCUUAUACCCCUCAGACAGAUAUCGCCGGCUCUCGCGGGGUAUUUUGUCAUACAGGUCCUGUUGCUUGGGGGGAGGUGGCCGCUCGUGACGAAUCUAACACCCUACCUCAUCCGCGUGAUCUGCGCAAGCGACUUCGUCGCUUCAACAGCUUAUGUCGUCGUCGCACUCGGUAUCUCCGUCGGAGGAAUCAUCUCGGGGUUGAUCAUAAAGCAUACGCACCGCACAAAACUGCUAACUCUCCUAACAACAACCUCCCUAAUCCUGGUUUACACCCUCAUAACCCUCCAAUUCCCCCACGGCUUCCAGCCCUGGUACGUCAUCCACCUCGUCCUCAUCGGCAUCGGCUCCGGAAUCCUCUUCCCGGCGCUCUUCGUCGGCGUCGCAUCCAUAGCCCCCGAGGGCAUGUUAUCCGUCACUAUAGGCACGUAUUACCUCUGCCAGCAGCUGGGACUUAUCCUCGGUCCGGCUGUGGGGAGUGCGGUUGCGACGAGGGGGUUCGAGGACCGGCUGUGGCGGGAUCUGAAGGGGGUCGAGGGGGAUAAGGGAACGGUAAUCCACCACAUCCUAAACCAAGUCCGCUACGCCGAGACGCUCCCGGCACACGUGCAGAAGAUCGUCAGGGCCUGCUAUCUGGAGAGUUUCACCUCGUGGCCGCUCAUCGCCCUCGGGGCAACGGCAGCUAUGCAUCCCAUCAUGGCCCUGCUCCGCGAACCGGAUAUCGUAUAG